AUGAAACGCCGCACGCAGAAAGGCCAGCAAAACUCACCGGCGGAGCAGCGCGAUGUCGGGGAGAUGCUGCGACGCCAGACACAACCCAAGAUGGCCACUGAAGAGGCCCCCUUCGCGCCCAUUCGGCCUACACAGCUGGCCCAAACUCCAGCAACACAAACAGAGGGGCCACUAAGUAAUACACUCCCAGCCCUCACAGAAAUAGUGGAACACAACUUAGCCACCAAACAAGACCUCCAACGUUGGAUGCACGAGCUCCAAGACCUAAUAGCCAAAGACAUAGGCACUAUAAAAGCGGAG